CUUUAAAUAAUACAUAUUUCCCUUACGCCGAUCAUCUGACCUUUUAUCGUCUGUAUAGAUAACCAAAUCAUCUUUCAAGACAAAAUCUUCACUCUUGAGGCGAUCUCAGGACGAUAAAGAGGGAGUCGUCUCGAUCAUCAAGUGAACACCAAAUCACCGCUCUUCAAGAAUGGCUUUGAAGUUUCUGAACAAGAAAGGAUGGCACACGGGUAGUCUGCGUAAUAUUGAAAACGUUUGGAAAGCGGAGCAGAAGCACGAUGCCGAACAGAAGAAGCUCGAGGAACUCCGAAAGCAAAUCCACGAGGAAAGGGAGAAAGCCGAAUUUCGUCAACUUCAGGAACAGGCCGGCUUAGUUCCGAAGCAAGAACGAUUGGAUUUCUUAUACGAUUCGGGAUUAUCCUCAAGGAAGGACAGUUCAGAUACGGGGUUCAAGGCUCUUGAAUCUUUUCCCCCCAAGGCGGAACCUGAACCCUCCACCUCUGCAAACAAGGCGGGUGCACCAGGGGCUUUAUUCGAAGAUAAGCCACAGUCUGCUAAUGAUGCAUGGAGGAAACUGCACUCGGAUCCAUUGCUUAUGAUAAAGCAGCGUGAACAGGAAGCACUAGCUCGUGUAAAGAAUAAUCCAGUCCAGAUGGCCAUGAUCCGUAAAUCUGUUGAAGCAAAGAAGCAGAAGGAUAAAACCUCAGACAAAGAAAAACAUCACCGCAAGAAGUCAAAACAUGAAAAACAUACGGUGUCCAAACAUCGUAUGAGUUCCGAUGAUGAUGAUGUUCGACAGGUGGAGGACCGCUCAAAGAAUGCCCCUAGGGAUAGGGUUUCACCAGAAAGAUAUCACAGGGACAGGGAAGAGCGGAGGCAUCAUCGGCCACCAGUACAUAGAAAUAGCAAUGCACUUUCGAAAGAAGAUAGGGCUAGAAAGCUUAAGGAGAUGCAAAUGGAUGCGGAGCUUCAUGAAGAACAAAGAUGGAAGCGGUUGAAGCAGGCAGAGGAUGAUGAUGCUAAGGAGAUUAGCCAUGGAAGUUCUGGUGGGCGGAACUUCCUGGAUGCUGCCCAUAAAAGCGUUUAUGGGGCUGAGAAGGGCGGCAGCUCCACCAUAGAGGAGAGUGUACGCCGGAGAACACAUUAUUCUCAACGGAAGAGUGAAGGGAAUGCGUUUAGGCGGUAGGUGGCCUACUAGUUAUUGUGCACUAUUGAAGGAAAUGUUUUAUCAGGUUUCAUCUUUGUGUUUUGAGUUGAGUUGCUGAUUUGAUAUGUUUCAUUAUAACAAUG